CUUUCAGAAAUUGUGCAGGACAUCUUUGGACAGUUCGGUAGAUAAAGAAAUGCGCACAUGUGCAAAACUUGACAGACACAACCAUUGAGUCAUCUGGUUAGAUCAUGUGAUCUCAGGGUCACAUGACGUGCCCACAUUCACAUGUGACUACCGCGACUUUUCAGUUUGUGAUCGGGAAGAGUGUGGAAAGACGUACGCAGGGUACUGGAGAGAAGUCACCGAGGAGUCGAAAACCUGCGCACACCCGCAGCACCAGAGGUUGGGAAGGGACCUUGGAGCACCGCUGGAGUAAUCUGCAACCCGGAAGUUUCUCAGAUCGCUACGCGUUUUGUUGCGGAGAGACAGUGGGAAUGACUCCUGUGGUGGUUGUUUUUGUUCUGGCGUUGUCUGUGGGCACCCUGGCUCUGGACAAUGGUUUGAUGAGGACCCCACCCAUGGGCUGGUUGGCAUGGGAACGUUUCCGCUGUGACAUCGACUGUGAUCACGACCCAAAGAACUGUAUCAGUGAGAAUCUCUUCAUGGACAUGGCCGACAGGCUGGCUGAGGAUGGCUGGCGUGAGCUGGGUUAUGUGUACGUCAACAUCGACGACUGCUGGUCCUCCAUGCAGAGAGAUGCCAACGGACGCCUGCAGCCAGACCCAAAGAGGUUUCCAGGGGGCAUCCCUCGGUUGGCGCGGUACAUGCACGACCGUGGCCUGAAACUGGGUAUCUAUGGUGACCUGGGCACACACACCUGCGGCGGGUACCCUGGAACCACGCUGGAUAAGAUUAAGACGGACGCCCAGACGUUUGCUGACUGGGGCAUCGACAUGCUCAAACUGGACGGAUGCUACUCCAACGCAACUGAUCAGGAGCAGGGUUACCCACUCAUGUCAAAGGCUCUCAAUGCUACGGGCCGUCCCAUUGCCUACUCUUGCAGUUGGCCUGCCUAUCAGGGUGGACUUCCUCCUAAGGUGAACUACACUCUGCUGGGGGAGAUUUGUAACCUGUGGCGUAACUACGGUGACAUCCAGGACUCCUGGUCUAGUGUUCUGAACAUUUAUGAUUGGUUCUUCAACAACCAGGACAUCGUACAGCCAGCUGCUGGGCCGGGCCGCUGGAACGAUCCAGACAUGCUCAUCAUUGGAGACUAUGGCCUGAGCGUGGCCCAGUCCCAGGCACAGAUGGCCCUGUGGGCGAUCAUGGCCGCACCCCUCUUCAUGUCCAAUGACCUGCGCUCCAUAGACAGCCGCUCCCGCACUGUCCUGCAGAACAAGGGAGUCAUCGCCAUCAACCAGGACCCCUUAGGUAUCCAGGGCAGACGCCUGAUCAAGGAGAAGAGUGGUAUUGAGGUGUUUUGGCGCCCCCUGUCUGAUGACGCGAGCACUCUGGUGUUCUUCAGUCGGCGGGAGGACAUGCCCUAUCGCUACCAGACCUCUCUCAAGAAGCUCAACUACACGGCCGGAGUGUACCAGAUUUAUGACGUCUAUCAGGAGAAGCCCCUCCCCUCCCUUAAGGACUCCACAGACUUUGUCGUGUCAGUCAACCCGUCUGGCGUGGUCAUGUGGUAUGUUUAUCCUGCAAAGCAGAUGCGGAGAGAUGCCAAGCUCUAUGGUCCCGCCCAUCAUCAUCGCGGCAACAACUUUGCCCCACCUACCCAUCUCUGACCAGCCUCAGGAACGGCGUUGGUCGCAUAGUGAUGACAUCAUUGUCUCAUGUUGAUGUCAUCAUCCAGAACAAUCUCAGGUUUCAUUGAUUUAAAUGUUUACACGCCACCUGCAGAUUGAGGGCACUGAAGAAUGCAAUAAGACUUUUAAUCGCCAGGGGGAAAUGAGUGGAAGGACUUUUAAUGAUUAUAUUUUUGAUUUUUGCCUUUUUUAAAGAAUUUGUUUGUUUAUUUUUGUAUUUUUAAUCCUGCCUUGAACUUUGAAGCUUUGUGUGUGUAUGUGUGAUUGUGUGUUCUAUGUCCUAUGACCCUACAGAACAAGUGUGUGUGUGUGUGUGAGUGAGAUAUACACACACUGGCUCUCUGUAGGCCUUCCUCUUGUCUCCUUUGCCUUUGAAAUCAUCCAGCAUUUCAGCACCAGAGGCUGUACACCAGUAAUUAAACUGUAUUUGCACCUCUUCA